AUGACGAUGCCGAUACGUGAUCCAACGGUGCUGCUAACUGGACGUGAAGAGAAUUUGACAGCUAGUGUGGAACACACUACGUCUGGAUUCAUGCGUACUAAUCGAUGCAGCAGUCAUGAAUCAACCAAAUGCGUAUACGACAGCGAUCGAUUCAAACUCGUACAGAGUCGUCGGGGCUCAGCCAGUUCUGGUCACAUGCUGCCUGCCUUGGAACCGACCAGAAAAAAAGGUAUCAAUGUAGAGAUUGAGCGACCGAUUGAGUCUGUGCCACCGAUUCAGGUUGCACCAUUGAUUCUGGGCACGCAAAAGAAGAAGAAGGAGCCCACACCGCAGCCAGUCGUACCUGAUCAGAUCCUAGAGACUUAUUUGGAUGGUCAAGGUUACGUCAAGACUCGGACAUACGUCAAGGGCAAGUUCUUAGGCAAGGGAGGGUUUGCGCGCUGCUACGAGUUAAAAUGUGAACAGACAGGAAAGAUAUUUGCGGGCAAAGUGGUGGCUAAAAGCUCACUACUCAAGCUUAAGGCUAAGCAGAAAUUUACGUCGGAAAUCAAGAUCCACAAGUCACUACAUCACCCGCAAAUUGUACAGUUUGAACAUUUCUUUGAAGACUCGGACAACGCCUACAUUGUGCUGGAACUAUGUCGCAAUCAGUCCAUGUCGGACUUGAUGCGACGGAGAAAACGAUUGUCCGAGAGCGAAGUGAAGUUUUACAUGCGCCAGCUCGUGGAGGGACUGGCAUAUCUCCAUGAAAUGCUGGUAAUUCAUCGUGAUCUAAAGCUGGGAAACUUAUUCCUUACGUCAGACAUGCGACUCAAGAUUGGGGAUUUCGGCCUUGCGACUCGACUUGAUAACCCAGAAGAUCGCAAACGCACGAUGUGUGGUACCCCAAACUACAUUGCGCCUGAGAUAUUGUGCGGACAACGUGGCGACGGACACAGCUUUGAAGUUGACAUCUGGUCUACUGGUGUUGUCAUGUAUACACUUCUCGUGGGACGGCCUCCUUUCGAAACGGAUGAUGUCAAGGCCACAUAUAAGCGUAUCCGUGCCAACAAAUACGACUUCCCGGAGACAGCGCACGUUUCACGGUCGGCGCAAUCGCUUGUCCGUGGUAUCCUGCGCAGUGACCCUGGUGCACGACCAUCACUGAAGCAGAUUUUGAAGCACCCGUUUUUGGCUGAUGAGCUCGUACCGACAGCACUACCGAGAACUGCACUGCUUGUAACACCACCUUCGUGCAAAAGCCAAUCGCUCGCUAGUCGUCACAGUGAUAAUGUGCAUCUUGCAAGCUCGACUGAGGCAAUCAUUCCGCCGUCUACUGCAUCGAAACGAUAUAUAGUUAGGACGCGAGAUUUUCGUACUGACACUCAACGUGCUUCCGAUCCUGGAACAUCGCCCUCAUUGGCACAGUCUUUGCCACCUUGUUUGCGUGACGGCUACGAAAGAACAUUGAGGUUCUCAGACGCAACAAAAAGAGACUUGCCAGCUAGCAAAAGCACUGCAGCUGAGAGAUCGCCGCACACGAAGGCAGCUGAAAAUUUGGCUGCAACUCAAAACGUAUUGGAAUCAGCUUACAAGUCUCUGUCCCGAUUUUUUUUCCUGCAAGAGCACAGUCGCAGCGGAGACGAUGGCGACAAGAAGUUGAGUGAGUCAUCGCCUGCUGCUACAAUCGUUGCUGCAGCGCAAAGAUUGAAAGAGAUCCGUGCUGAGGCUGAGGCGAAUUGUCCGCUCGUUCCUGGCACUCUGUGGAUAUCUCAGUGGGUGGAUUACACAUCCAAAUACGGUAUCGGCUACAUGCUUUCAAAUGGUGAAUCGGGCGUGUACUUCAAUGACUCCACCAAAUUGAUUUUAUCAGCAGACGGCAAAGUUUUCGAGUACAUUGGGCGCCAAAGCAAUUAUGCUGCAGGUCCAGAAACUCGUGUCCGAUACAGCACAGAGAGUUUUGACCCGGUGCUCAGCAAGAAGGUGACACUGCUAGGCCACUUUAAAGGCUAUUUAGUGGACGCCCGCGCGGAGAACGACGAAGUAGAUAUACUUGAAAGUCAGCUUGCACAAUCUUUCGUGCUUUCUCGCGAAGAUGACACAGACAUUAGUGUACUCGGAAGCAGCAAUGGUAAUAAAGCAGCCCAAUCAAUGGUAUUUGUCAAGAAGUGGGUCAAGACUCGUCACGCGGUGCUGUUCCAGCUCUCCAACGGGACAAUUCAACUCAACUUCUUUGACAAGUCAAAGCUUAUGCUAUCUGCCAAUGCUCGUGUUGCGACGUACCUGAAUCGUGAUGGUAACCUGGCCGUGUUCUCCUCCUCAAAAGUUAUUCUCGCGUCAGAGCCUCCCGAUUUAGGCAAACGGUUGCGAUACGCAAAAGACAUGCUGCAACAAAUGGUGCGAACAACAGAGUACAAACAAGCAAGUAAUAGUUCAGCAGCAUCGUAG